UCAAAAUCAAAAGUGAACAAUUUCCCUUAAAUCCUCCUUCCCUCUUUAACUCUCCUUCUUCUUUCUUGCCGGUGUGCCUGCCACCUAGUUAUGUAACUGUGUACAUGUAUUUGAAGUGUUUCCUGCCUGUCUGUGUUGGCAUCUGAUUGAGUGAGGAGCCGCUUCUUCUUCUUCUUCUUCUCCGGGCGUCCUCUGCGUCCGACCAUGGCGUCCGUGUACAGCGGCUCCCACACCUUGAGCAAGGAUGAUGUGAACUACAGGAUGCAUUUCCGAAUGAUAAACGAGCAGCAGGUUGAGGAUAUCACCUUAGACUUUUUCUACAAGCCACACACUAUAACGCUGCUGACGUGCACGGUGCUCAGUUUGAUGUAUUUCGCGUUUGCCAGAGAUGAUGGAAAUCCUGACAAUAACGUCUGGGUGGGGCUCAUUCUGGUCAUCUCCUUCUUCCUUGUCAUCAGCGUUUUGGCAUUUCCAAAUGGUCCAUUCACCAGACCACAUCCAGCAAUAUGGAGAAUAGUUUUCGGUCUGAGUGUCCUGUACUUCCUGUUCCUGGUAUUCAUCAUCUUCCUCAACUGGCAGCAGGUGAAGCAGCUGAUGUAUUGGCUGGAUCCGAACCUUCGCUACGCCAAAAGAGAGGCGGAUAUAAUGGAGUACGCUGUGAACUGCCAUGUCAUCACCUGGGAGAGAAUCCUGAGCCAUUUUGACAUUUUUGCAUUCAGUCAUUUUUGGGGUUGGGGAAUGAAGGCUCUUCUCAUUCGAAGCUAUGGCCUGUGCUGGACCAUCAGUAUUACCUGGGAGCUCACUGAGCUGUUCUUCAUGCAUCUGUUGCCUAACUUUGCCGAAUGCUGGUGGGACCAAGUGAUUCUGGAUAUUCUGCUGUGCAAUGGAGGGGGAAUCUGGCUUGGCAUGACUGUCUGCCGCUUUUUGGAGAUGAGGACCUACCACUGGGCCAGUAUCAAGGACAUCCACACCACCACAGGGAAGAUCAAACGGGCUGUGUUGCAGUUCACCCCUGCAAGCUGGACCUACGUACGCUGGCUCGACCCAAAGUCUUCCCUGCAGCGAGUGAUGGGCGUCUAUCUGUUCAUGAUCAUCUGGCAGCUAACAGAGUUGAACACAUUCUUCCUGAAACACAUUUUCGUCUUUCCUGCGAGCCAUGCUCUCAGCUGGUGUCGAAUCCUGUUCGUCGGUAUCAUCACCGCUCCGACAGUAAGGCAGUAUUACGCGUAUCUCACAGACACACAGUGCAAAAGAGUUGGGACUCAGUGCUGGGUGUUUGGGGCAAUAGCUUUCCUGGAGGCACUGGCGUGUAUUAAGUUUGGACAGGACCUCUUCUCAAAAACACAGAUCCUGUAUGUGAUCCUCUGGCUGCUGUGUCUGGCCUUCAUUACAUUCCUCUGCCUAUAUGGUAUGGUGUGGUAUGCAGAAACAUAUGGUCCAAGGCAAAAGAGCCUCUCAGAAUGCGAGGACAGUAAUUACACAGAUUCUCCUGACCACGUGUCAGAGGAAUUUAAAGGAGAGACUGACGUAGAAGACGACAGCCCUGUCACCAGACGGAGGGGGAGGGGCUCGGGAACGACCAAAUCCAUCAACGGCCUCGACGGCCAGUAGGAGCUGGGGCCAGAGGCUGCUGGGUGACUCCUGGAUGCAGUCUAAAGAGAGCCAAGCGCGAAGUGUUACAGGUUGAAAAGAGGGUAAAGAUAUGACCACUUCCUGGUGCAGUUGAAGUCUAGGAACCCCCCCACCACCCCCCACCACCUACAUACAGCGGAGGGAGUGGAGACAGAAGUGGAUGAACAGGUCCAUGCAGUGUUGUUAGGAGUGCAUAGUGGCUGAGACUACAGAGAUGCACACUAUAUAUUGUGUGCUGUAGUUGUGAAUGCUCCUAAACCACUGAUCACGAGUUUCUCUGUGUGUGAAUGAGUGUAAGGAAGAGCAGUGUUUAAUGUGAGUAUGUGUAUGUGUGUGUGUGUUUGAAAGAAAGUGGUGGUAAUAAAAACUGCCAGUUCUAAAUGUGACUGCAUGUUCAUUGUAGCUGAUAAACUAUAAUUUACAAACAUUUAUCCUAUGAUACCGUAUCAUUGAUGUACAUAUGUCUGGUUUUUACACCAGCCUUAACUUCAGUAUGUUGGUUCAAUGCAUUUCAAUGUUGAAAGCCAUUAUGAAGAGUUUAUCACUUUAAUUGGAGCCUCUUAUGUUUAUAGCACAGAAAGUCUUUUUGUUUUUUUUUUAGGAGUACCUAUCAUCGACGAUCUAUUUACAUCAUAGAUGUUCACUAUUUCGUGUUUUUAACUUGAAUGUGGGCAGGAAUUCAAUGCAAGACAGCUUUGGCUCGGUAGAAUCAUCGACUGAUGUGUGACCUGUAACAAAGCAAAGCACACAGUUUAAGCACUUUGCAGAAUGUUUUCUUGAAUAUACUGUACAUUUCGUAAUGUUUGAGUAUUUUGUGAAUCAUCGUGACCCUGAGUGAUUUUACUUUCCCUGUCCAUCUGUGGCUGCUAUCGUUUUUAUUUUUAUUUUGUACUGAUUGAUGAGAGAGGGCAAUUAUUCAAACUCCUGCAUGCGUCGGCGGGUUUCUCCUGCUUGUGUGUGCAGACGGCUUUCUUUUACUGUUUUUUGGAUAUAUUGCAUUUGCAUGGCUGUGUCAAAUCAAAUCAAGCGUGUAUGUAGAUGUUACGAUAUAUUACACCGCACAGCAGGACACCAGUAUUGUUACGUUCACGUCUUUCACUGUCACUGUAAUGUUUUAAUUCACCCCUUGUGCCUGUUUGCAUGUUUUUUUUUUGUUUUGUUUUUUUUUUUAUUAUUAUUAUUCCUAACUUUGUAUUACGACUGAAUUUGAGCUUUUUGUUUUGAAUUCUUUUUGGCUUUGGUUGCAGUUUUGAAGACUUCAUUUCAUUUGCUCUGUCCAUCUCAAUACAAAUACAGUAUAUGUCUCAUAAUCCUUGACAAUCCAGACAUUGACCUCUGUGGAAUGGACCAGGCUCCCGUGCUGCAGUAGACACUAUAAAUGGUACACCAUCUCUGGAUUUAGAUGUCAUUUGCCAAAAACAAUUCCGCUGAAAACGACUUGUGCUGUUCUUUUUCACUGUGAAAUAACUAAACAUUAAAAUGUUUUACAUUUCCUCUAAAAA